AUGAAAACAGCAUUAUACGCCGGCUUUGCGAAGAAAGAACGAUGCGAAGAAGUUCAUCAGAGGAUCUUGGCUUGCAGAGACGAGGUGUUCAAGAAGAUCUAUACAGACGCCCUAUCAGAUUCCUCACGCGAUGAAAAAUUUAUCGAGGGGUUGAGCAGCCUUGUUCUGUCCAUGUUGAGCAGGCAAUGUAUCCAGCACUUAAUUCAUUGUCUCUACUCAUUCUCCGCGCAUACUGAAUCGAUCGGAUCUCACGAAGACGGCACGCAGCCCGGUGACCCGGCUCCCAGUCAGCAUCCCGAAGCCCAAGAGGACGGAGCCAAUUUUGCAGGGGGAGCUGUCUCGGACUGCUUGUUCAGCACUGCUUUGACCUGGACGGAAGCAGGAGAAACGGAGGCUGUCGACAUCCCCGUUCCCGAGGUACUAACCUCCAAGGAACGCACGGAAGCUGCCAUAGCACAGCUCCGUCACCACUAUUGCUUAAUCGAUCUGACUGGGUCUUCUGACUUUGGGAGACACUUUAUAAUCAAUCCGGAAUACUCUGCAUAUCUGAGCAAAGAAGCACGUGAAGCCUCAACCUACUGGCGGGAAACAGCACUGGCAGUCCUCUGUAGAGCGUUUCCACGAUGGCCUCAUAUAUCAGCAAGAGCAUCACAUUGCAAGAUUCUCCUACCCAUUCUGUGUCACAUCUUGUUUUAUCUUCCAAGAAACCUCAACCAUAAACUGCGAUCACAUCUUACCGAAGUCUGCAUUUCAGCCUCAUAUUUUGGAUCCUUGACCUGGAAAUCGGUCAUGUUGAGAUACGCUGCCCACCUCAAUCCCGGAGACCCUUCACGCACAAUGAAGAUCCGCUUACGGACUCGCAUGCUCAAUAAGCUAUCUCUCAAAGAGGAUAUCUCCACUGACAAUGCCUCACUGAGACACUCCAAUCAACACUUGAAUGCUGUUUUUGGAGAGGAGAUUAUCUUCGAGAUGCAAGGGCUACUUGAGCAAAGAGUACCUAUCAAGACCUUGGAGGAUUACUUCAAAAGCUUUGUCCCUCUAGAACAUUCAGAGCAAGAGGAGCAGAUACUGCUUCAGGGGCAGGAAAUCCUCGCAAGAGCUACUCGAUUCGAAGGCUUGUUCGACCAAGCCAAUACCCGAUAUAUCCAGAUCAUGUCAACUUAUUCUCGGAAUAUCAUACCACAGCGCUUUGUGGCUUCUUACAUUGAGAUUCUCUGUGAAUAA